UUUUGCAUUUAAUUAAUUAAUAAUUAAUUUGAUUGAGGAAAUUUUCAUUUUUGUCUAUAUAUUCAGUUAGCACCCUCGUUCAGCCUUAAAUUAGCCUUCGGCAGUCUCUCAGUCUCAGAUUCGAUUGCCAUUUUCCAAAUCGCAGCUUCGAGGUCCUCGCUAUGGCGUCUCAGAAACUCAUCGGCUUCGUCGGAUUAGACGAAUUAAGCUUGGAGGUGGCAUCGUCGCUGGUCCGUCAUGGCUACAGUGUUCAAGCUUUCGAGACAAGCGAUUCCAAGAUUAGUGAACUUUUGAAGUUCGGGGGAAUUAGAUGUUCAAGCCCAAAGGAUGCAGCGAGAGAUGUGGCUGCUUUAGUUGUCCUAAUAUCUCAUGUGGAUCAAGCUAGUGAUCUAUUUUUUGGAAAUGAGGGUGCUUUGAAAGGUUUAGACAAGGACGCAAUUGUUAUUCUUCAUUCAACCAUAUCCCCAUCGCUUGUUCAUCAACUAGAGAAGGAUCUUGCAGGUAAAGAAAUUCAAGGGGUAACUUAUAUUGUUGAUGCAUAUAUCUCUCGUGGGAGGUCUGAGGCUUCAGAUGGAAAAGUCAUUAUUACCUCAUCCGGAAAAUCAGAUUCCAUCAAAAGAGCACAGCCUAUUCUUUCAGCAAUGUGUGAAAAGCUUUUCACUUUUGUGGGUGAAGUUGGUGGUGGCAGUAAAGUUAAAUUAGUUGUUGAGCUGCUUGAGGGCAUUCAUUUAAAUGCUUCAGUGGAGGCUCUCUGUCUUGGUGUCAAAGCUGGAAUUCAUCCAUGGAUAAUAUAUGAUAUCAUUUCCAAUGCUGCUGGAAACUCAUGGGUAUUCAAGAACAAUGUUCCCCAAUUGUUAAAGGGCGAGAUCAAACAUCAUAUUCUGGGUGCUUUUGUUAAAGAAGUGGAAAUCAUUUUAGAUAUGGCCAAGUCACUUACUUUCCCACUUCCACUUUUGGCUGCUUCGCAUCAACAACUUAUCCUUGGGCUUUCUCACAUAAGCGGAGAUGAUGAACUUGCAGCACUAAUGGAGAUUUGGGGAAAAGUUUAUGGAGUGAAUAUUACGGGUGCAGCAAAUGCAGAUGUAUAUAGUCCUGAACAACUGGCAGCUCAAUUUACUGCUAGUUCAAAGAGUGGGAGGCGGGUUGGUUUUAUUGGACUUGGAGCAAUGGGAUUUGGCAUGGCAACUCAUUUGCUGAAUUCAAACUUCUGCGUUGUUGGUUAUGAUGUAUACAAACCAACUCUCACUCGAUUUGCAAAUGCUGGUGGUUUAAUUGGAAAUUCUCCUGCAGAAGUGAGUAAAGAUGUUGAUGUACUUAUAAUCAUGGUCACAAAUGAAGCUCAAGCAGAGAAUGCUUUAUAUGGAGAAAAUGGCGCAGUUUCAGUCCUUCCAUCAGGAGCAUGUGUUAUUCUUUCUUCCACUGUUUCUCCUGCAUACGUGAGCCAACUUGAGAACCGAUUGCAUUAUGAAGGUAAGGAUUUGAAGUUGGUAGAUGCCCCUGUCUCUGGUGGUGUGAAGAGGGCCUCAAAUGGAACUCUUACGAUAAUGGCUUCAGGGACAGAUGAAGCUCUUACAAGUGCUGGAUUAGUCUUAGCAGCAUUAAGUGAGAAGCUUUAUGUUAUCAAGGGUGGAUGUGGCUCUGGAAGUGGUAUAAAGAUGGUCAACCAAUUGCUUGCCGGCGUACAUAUAGCAUCAGCUGCUGAGGCAAUGGCAUUUGGAGCUCGAUUGGGUCUAAAUACAAGAUUGUUGUUUGAUUUUAUCACAAGUAGUGGGGGAACAUCCUGGAUGUUUGAAAAUCGUGUCCCACACAUGCUAGAUAAUGAUUACACACCCUAUUCAGCACUUAAUAUCUUUGUGAAGGACCUGGGCAUUGUCACACGUGAAGCAUCUUCUUUGAAAGUUCCGCUUCAUUUAUCAUCGGCUGCUCACCAGCUGUAUUUGUCAGGUUCUGCUGCUGGUUGGGGUCGGCAAGAUGAUGCUGGCAUAGUUAAGGUUUAUGAGACUUUAACGGGUGUUAAAGUUGAAGGAAAACUUUCUGCGCUUAAAAAGGAAGCUGUUCUGCAAUCUCUUCCUUCUGAAUGGCCACAUGAUCCUCUUCUUGAUAUACAAAAGCUAAAUGAAAGCAAUUCAAAGACUUUGGUUGUUCUGGAUGAUGAUCCUACAGGAACACAAACUGUACAUGAUAUUGAAGUACUGACAGAAUGGAGCAUUGAGUCACUGAUUGAGCAGUUUAGAAAAAGUCCCAAAUGCUUUUUCAUUUUGACAAAUUCAAGGUCACUGAGUUGGGAGAAGGCUUGUGCAUUGAUAAAAGAUAUAUGCCGAAAUCUAGAUAGUGCAGCAAAAUCUGUUCAGAACACUGAUUACACAGUGGUUUUGAGGGGAGAUUCAACUUUGCGAGGUCAUUUUCCAGAUGAAGCGGAUGCUGUUGUUUCCGUGUUAGGUGAACUGGAUGCAUGGAUCAUUUGUCCCUUUUUCCUUCAAGGAGGCCGUUAUACUAUCGAAGACAUUCAUUAUGUUGCAGAUGCCGAUAUGCUUGUACCUGCAGGGGAAACAGAGUUUGCCAAGGAUGCUGCCUUUGGCUAUAAAUCUUCAAACCUCCGUGAGUGGGUAGAGGAGAAAACAGUUGGACGAAUACCAGCAUUUACCGUUAUAUCUAUCUCUAUUCAACUUCUGAGGAAAGGAGGACCAGAUGCAGUUUGUGAGUGUCUAUGCAAGUUGCAGAAGGGAUCAACAUGUAUUGUUAAUGCCGCUAGUGAAAGAGACAUGGCUGUUUUUGCACUGGGAAUGAUCAAGGCAGAAUUGAUGGGAAAACGCUUCUUGUGUCGCACUGCUGCUAGUUUUGUUUCUGCACACAUUGGAAUCAUCCCUAAGGCUCCAAUACUGCCUAGGGAUCUAGGGAUAAGUGGAGAAAGGAAUGGUGGUUUGAUAGUUGUGGGUUCUUAUGUUCCAAAAACAACAAAACAGGUAGAAGAGCUUAAACUACGCUGCGGUCAGUUCUUAAGAAGCAUUGAGGUAUCAGUCGAAAAACUUGCCAUGAGCUCUACUGAAGACAGGGAGGAGGAAAUCAAUAAAACAGCUGAAUUGGCAGAUGUAUAUCUGAAGGCUCAAAAAGACACUCUUAUAAUGACCAGUCGGAACCUUAUAACUGGAAAAACUGCCUCCGAGAGUUUGGCAAUCAAUUUUAAAGUGAGUUCUGCUUUGGUGGAAAUAGUGAAACGGAUUACUGCCAAACCUCGGUAUAUACUUGCAAAGGGAGGGAUCACUUCUUCGGACCUGGCUACAAAAGCCCUUGGUGCAAGAUGUGCCAAGAUAGUUGGGCAAGCACUUGCUGGAAUUCCCUUAUGGCAAUUAGGACCUGAAAGUAGACAUCCUGGAGUCCCAUACAUUGUUUUCCCUGGUAAUGUUGGCGACAGCAGAGCAUUGGCAGAAGUUGUGAAGUCUUGGACUCGUCCAAUCAAACUUUCUUCAACAAAAGAACUUCUUAUAAAUGCGGAAAAUGGUGGAUAUGCUGUUGGAGCAUUUAACGUUUACAAUUUGGAAGGAGUUCAGGCUGUUAUCUCUGCAGCAGAGGAAGAACAAAGUCCUGCUAUAUUACAGAUCCAUCCCGGUGCCUUGAAGCAAGGAGGACUUCCUUUGGUUUCUGGUUGCAUUGCUGCUGCUGAGCAAGCAAGUGUUCCCAUUACUGUGCACUUUGAUCAUGGAACUUCAAGGCAAGAUCUUGUGGAAGCUCUUGAGCUGGGAUUCGACUCUGUAAUGGUAGAUGGGUCACAUCUUUCCUUCGAUGAAAAUGUAGCAUAUACUAAAUUUAUAUCAUUCUUGGCCCACUCAAAAGAUCUUUUGGUUGAAGCUGAGCUAGGAAGAUUAUCAGGGUCAGAAGAUGAUUUGACCGUUGAAGAAUAUGAAGCCAAACUUACAGAUGCUGAUAAGGCACAAAAAUUCAUUGAGGAGACUGGCAUAGAUGCUUUGGCUGUAUGUAUUGGAAAUGUACAUGGAAAGUAUCCUGCAAGCGGUCCAAAUCUCAGAUUUGAUUUGCUCAAGCAAUUGCAUGCUCUAAGCCUGAAGAAAGGAGUUUUUCUUGUUCUCCACGGUGCCUCCGGCUUGUCCCAAGGACUGGUCAAGAAAUGCAUAGAGCUUGGCGUGAGGAAGUUCAACGUGAACACUGAAGUGAGAAAGGCAUACAUGGACUCCCUGAGCACUCCCCAUAAAGAUCUUGUCCAUGUUAUGGCAUCUGCAAAGGAAGCCAUGAAGGCUGUGGUUGCAGAGAAGAUGCAUCUGUUUGGUUCAGCAGGAAGAGCUUGAUUCCUGCCAUUUUACGAAUAGGAUGCACAAGUGAAUCCUGGGAUUGCUCAACGGGUUAUAUUUGACAUUCUUUCUUCGUUAUUCUGGAUUUGCUUCCAUACUUCAUGCUCCGGAAAUAUUGGCUUGUUUGGGGAAAGAAGUGGCAGAAAAUGUUGUAAUUUGCUAGUGGCCCCUGUGGCUUUCUGCUGUUUAGGGAUCUUCUGUUUAUCUUAUAAUAAAAUGUAACCCUAACACUGUUCACAA